AUGCUACGUCGAUCUCAGGCGCUUCCUCUUUCCAUAAAGUUCGACAAAUCUGUCUCUAACGAAGGAAGAAAAGAAGAAUUUAACAAUGUGUUAAAGGUUAUACACCUGCAUUGCGACCGCUGGAGAAGUGUCGAAUUAGCCGAUCUCACCUUUGACUUUGGAAUCCUUUCUGGCCUUGAAGAAGCACAUCCCAUUGAUUGUCUUAGGCUCAUUUCCGUUCAAAAUUACCGAGUUCGCGAUACGUUUCCCAGUCCGAACCCGAAGUACCUUGUUCCCACUACAUUGUAUAUGAACGACAGUUCUCUGAUAAUACCCCUGAUACGUUUGGAUAAUUUGACCCAUCUUGAAGUAGCGAGGGUCCCCACCGAUCAAGUCCGAAUAACCCAUUUCACUCAGCAUGCUGCCUUGUCGUUCCCUGUUGAUUCUUUACCUCCGACACCAAUCGUCAACAACACUAUAACACAUGCUAAAAUUCGAUCUGGAUUUAACGUGUCGUUCAACCUCCUGGAGUAUCUUGCCCUCCUACAGUUAAAGUAUUUCUAUUACGAUAUUGGUCCGUCAUCGAAUCACCUCCUUAGACCUCUCCUUGCGUUUCUUCGCCGCUCCCAAGCUCAUUUGGACGAUUUCGCCUUCAAUUUUACGGUGAUUUCGCGUAAUAAAUCCACACAGCUUGAUAAUCGGUUCCACAAACUGUCCCAAAUCACCCGUAUCAAGUUGAAGGUAUCGACUCGACCUAAUCGACGCCUGGGCCCGUUGUUGGACAAGUUUUUAGGAGCGCUCGACAACAGGAAUUCUGACUCGUAUUUUCCAAAUCUUCGCGAAUUGGAAAUCAUUGUACCACCCAUGUUGAUGUCGCCUGUAUCGUGGUCCAAGAUAGAUUUUAAGAGGUAUGAUAGCUGGGAAGUAGGAUCAGACCAGGAAUAUACAGAAGAGAAUACUUAUGUGGAGGACACUGAGUCGGAUGACACUUCAGAUGAGGAGAACCUUCACGACAUUUGUGGCUUCAAAGGGGGUAUAAUCAUGGACAGAACAACUUAUGAUCUCAUAGUCCACGCUCGGAAGUCUGGAAUAUCUGUUGACUUAAUCAAUACCGACGGCUCUGAUAUUCUCGACAAUGUUGCUAGGCUCGGGUUCGGUGAAGAGGAUAACAAAAAUGAUCCUUCUACAGAUCAUUCCGCUUGCUAG